AAGUGGGGCCCACCCCUCGUGACUCCUCCACCCUGAUUAGUGAUCAGGUGACCUGGACCGAUCACGUGAUCCCAAAGUUCAUGUGACAACCAGGCUUUACCUGAAUCCCGGAGAGAGCAUCCCAGCAAACCAGACGGACGCUGAGAGCAAGAUGGGCCCGGCUGCGCUGCUGCUGCUGCUGCCUCUGUUGGGGCCAACCCCGGCCGGGGCAGCGCCCAAACAGGACGAGAUCCUCCAGCUGCCGGGGCUGGCGAAGCAGCCUGCCUUUCGCCAGUAUUCCGGCUACUUGAACGUCGCAGGCGGCAAGCACUUGCAUUACUGGUUUGUGGAAUCUCAGAACAGUCCUCAGAGUAGUCCAGUGGUUCUGUGGCUCAAUGGGGGCCCAGGAUGCAGCUCCCUAGAUGGACUCCUCACUGAGCAUGGCCCCUUCUUGAUCCAACCAGAUGGAAAUACCUUGGAAUAUAACCCUUAUUCCUGGAACUUGAAUGCCAACGUGCUGUACCUUGAAUCCCCUGCUGGUGUGGGCUUCUCCUAUUCUGAUGAUAAGAACUAUGUGACCAACGACACUGAGGUUGCCCAAAACAACUAUGAAGCCCUCCGAGAAUUCUUUCGCCUCUUCCCUGAGUACUGUAGCAAUCAGCUGUUUCUUACUGGGGAGAGCUAUGCUGGCAUCUACAUCCCUACACUGGCUAUGUUGGUCAUGCAAGAUCCCAGCAUGAAUCUGCAGGGCCUGGCUGUGGGCAACGGACUCUCUUGCUAUGAACAGAAUGAUAACUCUUUGGUAUACUUUGCCUAUUACCACGGGCUGUUGGGCAACAGGCUAUGGUCCGCCCUUCAGACUCACUGCUGCUCCCAGGGGAAAUGCAAUUUCCAUGACAACCAGGACCCAACCUGUACCCUUAAUCUAUUGGAGGUAUCUCGUAUCGUAAGCAAUUCAGGGCUCAACAUCUACAACCUCUAUGCUCCCUGUGCUGGUGGGGUUCCUGGCCACACCAGGAAUGAGGAUACAUUGGUAAUACAGGAUAUGGGGAAUCUCUUCACCCGAUUGCCAGUCAAGCAGAUGUGGUACCAGGCACUAUUGAGAACUGGAGCAAGGGUACGGCUCGACCCACCCUGUACCAACACCACGGCGCCCUCCACCUAUCUAAACAACCUCUAUGUGCGCAAGGUCCUACACAUACCUGAAUCUGUCCCACGCUGGGACAUGUGCAACUUUGUGGUGAACAGUAACUAUCAGCGCCUCUAUCAGACCAUGAAUGAGCAAUACCUCAAACUUCUCAGUGCCCAGAAAUACCGCAUCCUGGUCUACAAUGGGGAUGUAGACAUGGCUUGUAACUUCAUGGGAGAUGAGUGGUUUGUGGAUUCCCUGAACCAAAAGGUUGAGGUACAGCGUCGUCCAUGGCUAGUGUCUGAUGGUAACGGGGAGCAAGUUGCUGGCUUCGUGAAGGAGUUUGCCAACAUCGCCUUCCUCACUAUCAAGGGAGCUGGCCACAUGGUGCCCACUGACAAGCCCCUGGCAGCUUUAACCAUGUUCACAAGAUUCUUGAACAAGGAGCCCUACUAAGUCUCAUCUUGCCCUGCAGUGGGGGACAGAGGAGAGCCAGUCAGCCAGUAGCCCCUGCUUCCUGCCUGGGGAUGAGGCCUGGCCAUGUUUGGCUGAAGUCUCUUUGACUGGCCAAAGGGAAUCCCUUGGUUGGCCAGCUGUGCACAAAUUUCCCGUGUGGAAUUAAUCAGGGUUUUGAAUAGGGGGAUUAAUUCAAGCUAUUUGAGGGUAUGAGUUGACACUGGUUUAUUCUUUAGGGUAGACCUUUCGGGGGGUGGGGUCCUGGGGUACCUCCUGCAUGCCAUCACUCACCAUGCACUGUUCCCUACCCAACAUGGAGCUCAGGACUAUGCACAUGUCACCUCUGUAGGAACUGGAGUUGGGGGAGAGGGGAGAGAAGAGCAGGGCUUGACUCUGAUUAUGGGAAUAAAUGGUCCACAGCCCA